CCUUAAUUGGAAAUUUUCAAUAGAAUCUUGUAUGAGAGAAAAAAAGAAUUUGGUGUUGAAAACCUCAAGUGAACUUGACAUCGGUUCUUUAUUUUGUUUAGCACCGCUUCCCGUGUCUUUAUAUGUUUGGAACAAAUUUUAAAUCUCAUAUUAACGAAUGUUGACGAAUGCAAAGAAAAAAAAAAUGAAUUCUUCUCUACAUAUGUGGGUAUUUGAGACAACAAUUUGUCACUCAAGAUUUAUCAACAAGAAGUUAAUGAAGAAUAUUACAGACUGGAAAAUAACAUCAAGAAAAAUGUGACACAUUAAAAGAAAGUUAGUGUAUGUAGUUCAGUGUAUAGCUUAAUGUCUUUGUGAAAUGGUUAUUUUUGAAAAAUUUAAAAGAUGUUUUAUUGAUGUGUAAUGUCUUGUAUAAAAGGUUAUAUCUUGAGAACUGGAGCCAAUAGCACCAUUUAUGGUUGCUGAUUUUUAUUGAUAAGAACAUAAUCCAUUAUAAGAAUUGACUUCAUUUGCAAAUGAACUGUGAGAGUUUUUCAUUAUAUUUGAACGUAUCUGGAGAUGGCUUUUCUAUUAUGUAUCAGGUUAAUAGACUACAGUUUGGACCAGAUUUAAAAUUCAUAACCUUGUGAACAGUAGUUUAACAUAUUUAGUUCACUGAGAUCUUGUCUCAUAGACAGGGACCUCAGUAUUGCAAAAUAUGAAGAGUACCUGGAAGAAUUAUAAAUGUGUUUCAUGUGGUAAAACACUCAUGAUAUAAUGGAAGAAAAAUUGUCUAAAAGUCAGAUUUGUGAUGAAAUACAAUCUAAUAAUAGUCAACCACAGGUAGAUAUAUUGAAAAAAUCCUACACUUGUGACAUUUGUGGAAAGACAUUCUCUGGGAAUCAUGUUUUCAUUUCUCACAAGUGUAAGCAAUCAGGUGAUAAACCAUACCUUUGUGAUAGCUGUGGUAAAAGAUUCUCAUACAGGUGUGAAUUUAUUUCACAUAUACGCAUGCACACAGGUGAAAAACCAUUCUGCUGUGACACCUGUGGUAGAACAUUUACACACAAGAGUACAUUAACUAAUCAUAAACGUAUUCAUCCUGAUGAGAAACCAUACCACUGUGAUAUUUGUGGUAAAGCAUUCUCUGAAAGUGAAACACUAACUCGUCAUAUUCGUGUUCAUGCAGGUGAGAAACCAUACCAAUGUGAUAUCUGUAGCAAAGCAUUCUCACAUAAAUGUAAAUUAAUAUACCAUAUGCGUAUUCACACAGGUGAAAAACCAUUUCACUGUGAUACCUGUGGUAAAACAUUCUCUCAAAAGGGUAAAUUAAUUAAUCAUAAACGUAUUCACACUGGUGAGAAGCCAUACCAUUGUGAUAUUUGUGGUAAAACAUUUUCUGAAAGGGGAACACUAACUGGUCAUAUACGUAUUCAUACUGGUGAAAAACCAUUCCACUGUGAUAUUUGUGGUAAAUCAUUUACACACAAUGUUCAUUUGACUCAUCACAAAAGCAGCCAUUCUGCUGAGAAACCUUAUCUUUGUGACACCUGUGGCAAAUCAUUCUCACACAGAAGCACUUUUAGUUCUCAUAAACGUAUUCAUACAGGUGAGAAACCAUACCAUUGUGAUAUCUGUGGAAGAGCCUUUACUCACACUGGAGCACGAUCUCUACAUAAACGUAUUCAUACUGGUGAAAAACCAUUCCAUUGUGAUAUCUGUGGAACAGCAUUUUCUCGGAAUGCCAUGCUGAUCCAGCACAAGCGUACUCACACAGGUGAGAAACCAUAUUCUUGUGAUAUCUGUGGCAAAACAUUUACUAGGAGUGCACAUGUCACUUACCAUAAACAGAGUCACACUGAUGAGAAACCACAUCAUUGUGAAAUCUGUGGUGAAACAUUCCCUGAAACUGGAAUAUUAAGCCAUUAUAAAAGUGUUCACCCAGGUGAGAAUCCAUUUCACUGUGAUACCUGUGGUAAAACAUUCUCAGACGAGUAUAGCUUAACUUGUCAUAAACCUAUUCACACUAAUAUAAAAGUUGAUGCUAAGCAUAGUCCUAAAGAUGAGAAACCAUAUCAUUGUGAUGCUUGUGGUCAAACAUUCAAACAGAGUUCUGCAUUAACAUCUCAUGUACGUACACAUACAGGUGAGAAACCAUACCCCUGUGAUAUCUGUGGUAAAUCAUUUGCACGGAAAGGUGGAUUAUCAGCUCAUAAACGUAUUCACACUGGUGAGAAACCAUAUCACUGUGAUAUUUGUGGUAAAACAUUCUCACACAAAAGUAAUCUAACUGUCCACCAGCUCAUUCAUAUAAGUUAGGGACUUAUAUCAUUGUGAUAUCUGUGGUGAAAUAUGUUCUUGUAAUACUCAUUUAACUUGAUACAAACUUUGUGAAAGAUCAUGUCAUUGUGGAAUCUAGAGAAAAACAUUCAGUGCUGGAAAACAUUAGUUCAUCAUAAAUGUAUUCACAGAGUUGACAAAAAAUUAUGUAGCAGCGAUUUCUCAAGUUGGACAAUCUUACAAAAGACUAAUUGCAGCAAAAAUACAGCAACUGGUUCACUCACAUGGGAAUGAAUGUACUCUGUCGAAUACCAGAAAUUGAUCAUAAUUAUCAAAUUGUUAUAUGAUAGCUGUCUAAUAUCUCCUUACAUCUUUCACCAGCCUCUCAAAAUCAUCAUUGUCAUCACCAAACUCAUUAUGUGUCAGUCUGACUUCAAAAAAUGUCAUAAGUUACUUUACAUAAAAGAAAAUCAAAGAUUUUGUCAUAUUCAUGUAUUGCAAAUGAUACAAAGAUCAAGUUCUAUACUUUGAUUUUCAUGCCCCCAGUUAAGAGUCCCUACUCUAUUGCCUCAAUGCUGAAGUAGCUUUACAGUUCAUCAUAGUCAUCAUCAUCGUUUAAUGUCCACCGUCCAUACUAGUAUGGGUGGGACAAAUUAAUGAGGAAUAAGUAGCUAAGCCCAUCAUGUUGUUGAGCACUUGUGAAAACUAUAAAAAAUGUCGUAAAUCAAAUUUGUUAACUGUAUAUAAAAGUAUAUAUUUAGUCUGUUCUAAAAUAAUGUGUUGACUGUAUAGAGAUCAUGUAAGUUUUACCAUGAUAAAAUGAUUCUUGCUCUAGGCAUAUAAUUUAGGCAUUGGAAUAUUAAAAUAAAUAUAUCUAGAGAGCAUACAUUAUCCAUAGAACACCGUAAUUCAACCAAAUCAAAACUGUGAUCCUGCUGUUUUCAAACUUCUGUGAUCUUUUUAGGUUUUUAACUUUAACAUUAUUUACAUUUGACAGAUAUUUGUCCUCAUCUUGUUUGUUAUUAACACAACAUUUUGGCUGGGCAUAUGGCAUUGUGAUUAAGAGCGCGGGCUACUAACCCCAAGAUUCCGAGUUUGAUUCCAGACUGUGACUUGAAUAAUAAUAAUAAUAAUAAUAACAUUGAAAAAUACCUUAGGAAUGAGAACCCAGGUUCGAAAUUUCCUAAGACUCCUGAUGAAGGCUGGAGGGUAUAUCAGCCAAAACGUUGUAUUAACAACAAACAAGAUGAGAACAAAUAUCCGUGAAAUGUAAAUAAUGUACAUAAUUCCUCUUCUCUUAAAUAUAGAACAGUUUUAACUUUAACUUUUAUACAACUGAAGACUAUAGGCUUUUAUAAGAAUGUAGACUUUUAUAGAAAGAAUUAAUUACUCAUUUACAUAAUAUUCAUUAUUGACUUAAAUAUAAUGACAUUGAAGUGACGUCAGACCACCAGUAUAUGUCAUAAAAAUGUGAAAAUGUGAUUUCACAUUUUGUAGCCAGGGGUAGGAUGAGUUAAAUCACUUAACAGUCCUUUGUCACUUGGCAUACAUCACAACAGAUUUAACCAGCCAUAUCUGUUGUAUAUGUUUUCAUUCAUUUAUCUUCAUUGUAUUUAAGGCAGGGUUUCUUUUCUAUCGGCAACUACUUGACAUUAUAAACUGGCUGCUCUUGCAAAGUUUGCCACAACACUAAUCAGUCCUCUCUGUUUUCAUCCAGUUAUUUCUCCCCUAAGCAGGUUACUAGUAUGAAUGAUGCUGGCAUCAUUCAUUUGUUCCUGUGAGAAAAACCUUGUCACUGUUGCAAGGAGGCACUAUAAGACAUAUGAUUUCUAUGGCAGGAAUGAAGCAUAAUAAAGCUAGAUUUUGGAGAGAGAAAAUUCCUUUGACAGUGAUGUGCAACAGUUUAAUUGAUAGCAAUAAGAACAUGAUAUUAUGGUGAAAUAAUACUCAUAUUUCUUCAGAGAAAAUCAUAAAACACAGCUGCUUCCUAACAUUUUUGAAAUUUGUUUUUGUAAAUUUUGUUGCAAAAUCUCCCGCAAUGCAGAAAUUAAGCUGAAUGCAAACAACUUGUAUAUGUUGAUAUAACCAUUAACUUGGUUAAAUUUUGUAGUUAUAUUGAUUUGGUAACUUCAUUGUCAUCAUUACUCCAUUUCUGCAGAAAUAAACAUGUAUUUUGAAGUUGAGGCAGUUGAUAUCUCACACUUGGAA